CUAUUGCCAGAUAACGCGAAGGAUCUUAUCGCGAUCGUCUUGACAUGGUUUUGCAUGCGUAACUUUACUGUUUUCUCUCAAACACCAUGUUUUCAAAUUUACAUUUUAAAGAAAUCUUGCCCGCUUUGGGCAUGGGGAUCAUGGUGGGCGUCAGUGGCGCGGUUGUGUCCUACCGGCUGCGAUCACAAACCACGUCCGUGCACUCGAGAUUGGACAAGUUGACGGAGGCCAUUUCGGCACUUCAGAGAGAGUGGCGGGAAUUACGAGAGUCACUGACGGCGCAAGGUGCUUCGAUCAAGAGGACCAACUCGGGCUUUAUCUCAAUACACGCAAGCAGUGGAGACGAUGACGAUGAAUUCUUUGAAGAAGCCUAUGAAGGGUUCACCACACCACCCGAAGCUCUCCUAUACAAGGAUGCAGAGGAAUCAGUGGAAUUUGAAGGCGAAACUAACCUGGAGUUGGUGGCAUUCCUGAGGGAAAUGGACAAAUUAUUCCUGGGGACAGACGAGGAACAGGAAACAGCACUCAAUAGGUUAUUAGCAAAAAGGUUACAGUAUUCCGACAACGUUCACUUCAUGUGGCGGCUUGCCAAAGCGCACUUACUAGCGUCAGAUGUAGCAACAAAGAAUGGUGAUGAUACGAACAAGAAGAGACUGAUAUUUGAAGGCAAAGACUACGCAUUCACUGCAAUGUCAAUUGACGAGAACAACGCCGACACUCACAAGUGGUACAGCCUUCUGAUUGGUCUGGCCACAGACUACGUCUCCAAUCAAGAGAAGAUCCAGCUGGGAUAUGACUUUAAGGAGCACAUGUUGAAGGCUUUAGAGUUGCGUCCCAGUGAUCCAUAUCUGUAUAACUACUAUGGCAGGUACAUAUAUGAGGUAGCCACAAUGAGUUGGAUUCUGCGGAAAGCGGCUGCUGCCCUCUAUGGGGAGCCGCCGUCAGGAACGAUAGACGAAGCCCUGGAGAACUUCCUGAAGGCAGAAGCUUUGCAGCCCCAGUUCUUCAGCACGAAUGCACUCUAUGUGGGAAAGUGUUACCUCCAGAAGCGGGACACAAAGAAGGCCGUGGCAUGGUUCCAGACAGCAGUUGGUAUCCCAGGAAGCUCAGCGGACGAAUUAAAAUCCAAAGAAGAGGCUCAACUUUACCUCAGAAAGUACACGUAAUGGUGAGAAGCAACCCAACACAACAUUAUGAGGAGUAAUAAAGUCGUCAAUCAGCCCUGGCAACGUCCGUCUGACUUCCUAAAUCAGGCUCAGUGUGAGAUUGUUUUUGUCCCUCUGUGUACAUCAGUGUAAAUUGAGUACAUUUUCAUGAGUAUGAGUACGAGUAUCUUGCCAUGAGUACCAAUACAAGUACGACUACAGGUACAUUUUUCCCCAUAGGUACGAGUACAUUUCCACGAGAAAUGAGUAUGAGUACUUUCCAUGAGUACAAUCACAUUUCAAUGGACACAUAUUUGCUCUAGGGUUUCUUGUUUUCAAACUAGGCAUUAUAGACAAAUGCAAAACCCUCCAAAUACAGUAGAAAAUGGGUUCUUUUCAGGCCACAGGUUGAGAUGCUGUGCUUUUAUGAAAACAGCUGCAAAUCCGAAUUCAUGAAUGUAGAUUAUUAUCGAAGCUUAGAAUUUCUUUUUCUAAUAUGCAAGGAAAUCAACAUUAGCAGGACACGAGGCUGUAUUUUCAUGUUUUUUUCAAGCUUUUUAUUUACACAGUGACAGUAAUUGAUUUUUUUUGGGGGGGGGGGGGGGUUUCGCUAUUGAUUAUGAACAAAUUAUGUACCAUGGUCUUUUGAUUGAAAAAUUUAUGUCUGAAGUCAUGUUUUAUAAUCAGCACGAGUGCCACAGUAUAUAAUGAGCACGGGAUCCCGCCCUCCUUUUGGUUUUAUUUUAUUGUUAUAAUUACUUAUUAUUGCUGACCGGACAAUCAUAACACUGGAACAUAUCGUGGUCACGUGCCUACCCACCCACAUCAAAUUCUUCCGUUCUGCACGUAUAUCACUUGAAAUAGAGUUUUAAGAAGGAGAAGUUUGGCCUGUGGAUAUUAAAAAGACUUUCAAGAGAAAGCACCAAUUUGGGUUCAAAAACAUGAUUACCACAAAACGAUUGUAGUUUGAAAGAUUGCUAGAAAGUAGAAUAUGAACAUUCACACAAUUUGGAAAUUUUUGUUAUUUUUCGUGUAAUUACUGCGCACAGGAAUUUAGGAGUACAAAAUUGUGGUCCUCACAAAUCAAGAUGUCGGAAUGCUACUUGUCAUUCUAGUUGUACAAGUUUCUUUUCAAAAUCAUAUGCACUAGGAUCGCUAUGCGUAUAAUUCCAAAUCUCGCAUAGGAUCUGAUAUCUCGCAGUGUAUUGAGUGCAUUUUAUGCGGCGCCAUUUUUUGUUGAAAGUCUAGCUCAAAGGCCAAAAACUCCUGCGGCGACAGUUGUAAACAAACAGGGCUUUCCAACAUGUUCUCCAUAAAUGUAAGACAUUAUGUGGAAUUCUUAUGACCAAGAUCUAAAACAAUCUAAAACAUGCUUUUUUUUCAAACAUUAUGGCCCAGGUGGCAUUGUCUGUAGAUUCCUGAUAAUGUCCAAUGUCAAUUAGAUUCUGAAAAUGACGAUUGUGCAAAGUUGUGUGUUUCUGUGUGUGUGUGCGUCGAUCCUAGCAAAAUCCACUUGUGUAUUCUAAAAAGUAUGGUUUAGAUUGCAAUGAUCCCUCCGAAAAAAAGAUGAAAUACUGCGAAUCUGGUUUUUCUGGGUUCAUGGCUACUAGAAUGUGAAAAAAAAGUUGAAUUUAUUUAAACAAAUAUUUGGUCAAGGAGGUUCUCACUUAAUUAUGAUAUUUUGUUAAUUAAUGUCACAUGCAUGUGUAUGUACAAUUAUAUACUGGUACAUGUAACGUGAAAACUUGGCUGAGUGUAAAUUGUAGUUUUAUAAUUCAGAAAAAAAUCUGCUGAAGUAUUCUUAUACAGUUUCUGAUACAUUUGAUACUGGUCGGCUGCUCAAAUUUGUAACUGAAAUAAAAACAAAGAAUUAGAAAGAAUUUUCAAAGUAAUACUUGUAAAUUACUGCAUGUGUAAUGAUCAAGUAUAAAUUGUUACAUUUAAAAAAUUAUUAAACGUAUUCUAAUUUUGAAUUUUCAUUAUGUAAAAUGCAGUCUUUCGUUAUCAAAACUGUGACAUUAUUUGGUCCGUUCAGAAUUACCAUAUUCUUUACAAUCAAUUUGAAGAGUUUACUUUGCAUUUUGUGUUGUGCUUUUAAAAGUUAACAAGGUUGGAAACUGACAGUGGGCUUUGUGUGUUUAUGAACGUACUUUUCCAUCUUAUUUCGCAUGGCUUUAACUUCUUUCAGCAGAGAGUUUUUGAAGUUAAAACUUUGACUAUUUGGAAUUGAAGCAACAGCCAAUACCUGGAAACAUGGAUAACCUGUGUAUACACAUCGCACUGCACAUUUGCCGGAAUGAAAAUGGCUUAGAAUAUCCACAUUUGGAUGAGGGGCCAUUUUGAGGCAUGUGUAUGGGAGUAGUAUCAAUGAAACAAUGUAAUAGCGAUUGUCAGGAGUCAUUGAAACAAAAGUUUUUGUAAUCAAACUAAAUGUAUGAUGAUAACCUGUAGAAGCAUAGCUGGCACUUUAUCCAAAUUCCAAAUUAUAAUUGUUUAAUUUGUGUUGCUAGUGAUAUUCUAAUUUGAAAACCCUGUGCAAUUUUAUGGACUAAGGAUUUUGCACUUUUAUAUUUGCCAAAAAUGUGCACUUAAAUGGAAGUUUCAUUGCCCACUUUUAAAGUGCGAACUGAGAAGCUUAUGUUACAAAUAAUUCAAACCAAUGUUCUGUUGAGUAUUCAAAAAAUAUUACAAUAAUUUUGAAAUUUUAAUUAUAUAACUUCAAUUCAGAAAUGUCUGAUCUUAUUUCUAAACUGUGAGCAAAAUGAAAAAGUACAUGCAAUUUGAAUCAAGCACAUUUACCGGUAGUUUCAAGGAGAAACUCACCAGUCCUUGGGGAAAUUUGACCUUUUAUUUAUGUUCAGAUUUUGUUAUCAUGGUUUACAAUGGGCAGUUGUAUUUUUGAUAGGCCAAUUGUUUUAAAACACUGCAUUCCUUAGACUGCAAAGAAUGUAAUAUGUUGCCCUAAUGCUCCUAGUAUGCUGUCAAGGCAUUGAUGGCAGUUUUAAGCUUUGCGCUCUUUUUUGGUGUGUGUUAAAUCUAGAAACUCAACUGAAUGUUUGGACAUAUAUAUGCAAAUGUACAAUGGGAGACUUUUUGAGACAAUUGGUGGCAGCAAACAUUUUUUGUUUUCCUGUUGUUUUGAACAUGCGCACAUUAACUUAAACGCUUGAUAAGGUCCGGUGUGUUUGCUGCCACCACCAGUCGUAAAAGUUUCCCAUUGUUUGAAGCAUAAUUUUCUCACAAUGUAUAAAAGAUUAUUGUACUGUAGAAACAUGUACAUGUAAAUUUUAUUAUGUGUAAAUGAAGUUUGUGACAAAGUUUGUUCGUGUCAUUUUGAUUAAAAUUCCACCAGAUAAAUCAUA